UUCAGCCGAGACACUGAGAACAGAAAAGAAGAGAAGAAAAAAGUUAAAAGAUCCACAAGUUUGAUUUCUUUGCUGAAGAAGAAGAAGAAGAAGAAGAAGAACAAGAAGAAGAGGAAAAAGAAGAAGAAGAGGAAGAAGAAGAAGUUUGUGACGGUUUUUUCUGCGGGGUUUUAAUUGGUGGUGUGGGUUUUUUUUCUCCAAAAUAUGUAACUUGUGGUGCCGGAGAGGCUCCAAACCCUGAGACAGGACGGAGAGACAGACAGGACGGAGAGACAGUCUUCUCUCUGUAGGUGAUCCUAAGCUGACUCUUGGCAUCUGUCUGUCUGUCUGUCUCCCUCUCUUUUUACCUGCCUGUCUGUCUCUCGGGCUGCCUGUCUGUGUGUCCCGGAGGACGGAUGAUGGCACCGGGGUGUGUCGCCGCCCUCAGACGGACCCGCGGCUGCUCCGGCGGGCACACAGACCUCUGACACAUUGCUGCUGUUGCUACUAAGGACAGAACCAGAACCGGACCUAGGACUGGGUCUGUAAACCUGGAAUAAAACAGUGGAUCCGGGCCGAAGUGGACUGAACUGGAUUAGCCUGGUUCAGAAUGUCCUCAGAGGUGGCUGUAGGUGUGGUCUUCAGAGUUCUGCUGCCCCUGAGUUUGACUGCAGCUUGUGUGUUGCGGUAUAAUGGAUUCUCUCUGGUCUACGUCCUGCUGCUGCUGCUGCUGCCACUGCUGCCUGAACCCUCCGCCUCCUCCACCUCAGGUAACACGUGCCGCUGUGUGACGGCGGUCUGCGUCUCCAGUUUCCUCUUCCUGUUACUGCAGUCCUUCUUCCAGCUGACCACCACAACACUGCAGCCUGAGUCCAACUGCACGUCGUGGCAGAAAGCUGUCAGUCAGCUCGGCCUGGUGAGUCUGACAGGAAGUGAUGCAGGCUCGGCAGUGAGACAGCUGCUUCCAGAUGUUGGCGUUCUGGUCGUUGGUUUGCUGACCUGGAGGCUGAUUGUAAGACUGAACGUCAACACACACACGCAGCAGCAGCAGGAGGAGCUGAUGUUUGAGGAGCAUGGAGAGGAAGAGGAGGAGGAGGAAUGCAGCAGAAACAGGGUUCUGGUUGAACUAGAGUUACUGGUUUGUAAAACCAGGCAGAUGGUGGGAAACACAAUGACGACUGGAGGGAAAGUCCUGCUGACAGCUUUACUGGGAAUCACAGGUAUCAUGUUCCCCUCUCUCUCCUCCCUGCUCUACCUGCUCUGUUUCCAGGUGUUGUGUACCUGGUGGGCAUGGUCAGGUCAAGUCCCACCCCUCCUCUUCAGGUGUGUGUCUGUGAUGUCACUGCUCUACUCCUCCGCCCAUUUCUUGCUCAUCUACUGUUACCAGCUGCCUUUGCUGCAGGAGGUGUGGGCUCCCAACUGCACGUCUGCCAGUGUGUUUGGCCUGGUCUCUGUGGUCUCGGUGGACUGUGCUGCCCCCUGGAAGCUGCAGGUGAACUCUGACCUCAGCUGGUUUCACUUCAGCAGUCCGCUGAUGCUGCUGCUGCUCUACAACACUGUGGCCAGUCUGUGGAGGAACCAGCUGAUCAACAGCGACGGGGUGCGAGAUGUGGAGAGGGUGGAGUCUGAGGUCAGCGAGAGCUGCGACAUCAUCACCACCACCAGCAACCUGAGUGAUGAGGUCAGCACCGACAUCACAGCAGAGAGACGGAGGGAGCUGUGGAGGAGAGCUCAUGAUCGAGCCGAGUGCAGAGACACGCUGGUGUCAUCGGCCAAUGACAGUCCCUCUGACUCUUCUGCCCUGCCCACCCAGAGCACAGCCCUGGGAUUGGAUGUUUACUCCGCGCCUCACUACUCUCUCAGCCAAUCAGACACGUUGGAGACGUGUGUCUUUGAAGGAGAUGAAUGGGAGGAGGAGGAGGAUCCAGAGGAGGUGAUUGGUAGGAGCGAGGAGGGAGUCAGUGCUGCUGCCAUGGCGUUCGGCUUCCUCCUCAAACAAAGUUACAUCUGUGCUCUGAUCGCAAUGAUGGCCUGGUCCAUCACAUACGUGUCCUGGUUGACGUGUGUCCUGCUGCUCUGGUCGUGUGUCCUCUGGAUGAUGCGAGAGCGCCGCCGGUACACGCUGAUGUCGUCACCGUGGCUGGUUGCCUAUGGCAACCUGUUGGUCAUCUUGCAGUAUGUCUACAGCUUCCCCUCCAUCCAGGAAGUCCCAGGACUGUUCCCCAAAAAAGAUGAUCCCUGCAGGGAGCUCGCCUCCAAGUUGUUGUGUCUGUUGACCUUCUGGCUGCUGCUGCGUCAGGCACUGACGGAGAAGAGAGACAGGUGGAAAGACAGACUGACAGACACACAGCUGUCUACCAUCACUGUCCACAUGGAAGAGGAGCAGAGGGUGGAUGAGGAUCUGCAGGGGAAGAAGGAGGAGGUGGAGGUGUCAUAUGAGGAAGUGCUGCUCCUGCAGAGAGAAGGAGGAGGGGUUAAGAUGGAGGCUCUGGUUGCCAUAGUUACCCGGAUGUUUGUUAAAUACUGGAUCUAUGUCUGUGGCAUGAUGUUCUUCUUUGUUAGUUUUGAGGGGAAAAUUGUCCUCUAUAAAGUCAUCUACAUGGUCAUGUUCCUCUGCUGCGUCGCCCUCUACCAGCUGAACUAUGAGCGUUGGCGUGCCUUGCUCAGGGGUUUCUGGGUAGCUGUGGUGGUUUACUCAAUGCUGGUUCUCAUCCUGGUCUACACCUUCCAGUUCCCCUCGUCCCCCUACACCUGGAGCUACUACAGUGGACUCAGUACUCACAGGUUGGAGGAUGUUGGUUUGGAGAAGUUCUCAGUUCCUGUUCUGUUCACUAAGAUCUUCAUCCCUGCUGCCUUCCUCUUGGUGUGUAUCAUACACCUACAUUACUUCCACGAGCCAUUUCUGCAGCUGACCGACCUUAAGACUGUGGUGGACACACACAACAGCACCAUCACCAGGUUGGUCCACUCCGACGGCAGCCUUUUUGACCUGUCAGUGCGUGGAGCUCCUCAGCUCCUCCUACAGGAAGAGAAGGGAGGAGGAAAGAGGGCAAGAGAGGACGAGAAAGACAAGAAAUGGACGAAGGAGGACGAAGACAAGGAGGAGGAGUACCCCUAUAUGUUUGAUAAGGAAACUCUGUCUGACCACAUAACAGUGCUGGUCUCCUGGAGGUUGGUCGUGGAUCGUCUCUCUGUUUUGUUCCUGCGCCUCCUCCUGUCCCUUCAGUGCCUGCAGCACCUCCUGUGGUGGCUCCUAGAGCUACACAUCGUCAAGAUCGUCUCCUCCUACAUUAUCUGGGUGUCUGUGAAGGAGGUAUGUCUGUUUAACCUGCUGUUCGUGCUGUGUGUGGGCGUGGCUCUACCCUGCAGGGCGUGGCGCCCCCUGCUGUCAGGUGUCUGUACAGUUUGGACCUGUGUGGUGGCAGUCUGUAAGAUGUUGUACCAACUCAAUGUCGUCCAGCCAAUCAGAUACUCCUCGAACUGCACCAUGCCAGAUAACUCCAGUACCGACCUGUCUCGCUCUGUUUUGUACUCUGGGCCCGUUGAUCCCGCCCAGUGGGUGGGGCUUCACAAGACGGAAGAAAAACUGCUUGAUUACCUGAGGUAUAACCUGAUGAUGUUAGCACUGUUAGCCUUCGAGGUGACCGUUCACAGACACCAGGAGCUCUACCGUCUUCGCCAUAACAAAGUCCCGCCCCCCACCAGAACGCUGUUUCAUGACAUCACUAGAUGUCACCUUGACGACAGUGUGCUGAGCUGUGUUAAGUACUUCCUCAACUACUUCUUCUACAAGUUUGGACUGGAGACUUGCUUCCUGUUGGCCGUGAAUGUGAUCGGUCAGCGAAUGGAUCUGUUUGCUGUAGGACACGCCAUUGGCCUCAUCACCAUCCUAUCACGUCGCAGCAGGAGGCGCAUUGCCUCAGUGUGGCCCAAGUACUGCUACUUUCUCUCUGGGCUGUUGUGUUUCCAGUACCUGCUGUGUAUUGGAUUCCCUCCUGCUGUCUGCAAAGAUUAUCCCUGGAGACCUCCGUCCUCCAACAUGGACUCCAAUGUGGUCAAGUGGCUCUUUCUCCCUGAUCACCUGACACCACCGAACCCACUCUUCCUCCUCUAUGAUUUCUUUCUGCUCCUCGGGGCGUCUCUGCAGCUGCAGGUGUUUGAAGAGGAGCUUCUGUCGUCAGUUCAGGUCCUCGCAGGUGACAACGGCGAGCUGAUCGGAGAUGACGGACAGGUGUCUGAUCUAAUCAGACGACUCCACCUCAACACCGUCCCCGAUUUCUUGAUGUGCAGGUCUUACCUGGACAUGAUGAAGGUGAUCAUCUUCAGCUACAUGUUCUGGUUUGUACUUACCAUCAUCUUCAUCACCGGGACCACCAGGAUCAGUAUCUUCUGUAUGGGUUACCUGGUGGCCUGUUUCUACUUCCUGUUGGUGGGCGGAGACCUGCUGCUGAAACCAGUCAGAUCCAUUUUGGUGUACUGGGACUGUCUGAUUGGCUACAACGUGUUCGUCAUCACCAUGAAGAACAUUCUGUCGAUCUUGGCCUGUGGUUUCAUUAAGUCGUUGGUGUUGAAUCACUGUUGGCUGAUUCAGCUCUUCAGUUUGGCCUGCACCAUCAAAGGAUACACCAAACCGGAGCAGCAGAGCAGUAAACAGUGUGAGUUGCCAAGCGAUGAGGCGGGGAUCAUCUGGGAUGGGGUCUGUUUCUGCUUCCUCUUGCUGCAGAGGAGAGUCUUCAAGAGUCACUACUUCCUGUAUGUGGUCCUGGACCUACAAAAUACACAGCUUCUGGCCUCCAGGGGGGCGGAGCUCUUCGAGGCAUCCACAGUGAAAGCUGUCAGAGCAAGACUGGAGGUGGAGAAGACGUCCAUGGAUCUGCUGAAAAGACAGAUGGAGAGGAUUAAAUCUCGACAGCAGAAGUUCCGCAGAGGAAAGGAGAAAAUGUGGAGUGCGACCCGAGACAGCUUCCAUUCUGAUGGUCAAGAAAACAAGAAGGGGCGGCGGCAGAAGGAGUGGUGGAGACCAUGGGUAAACCACGCCUCUAUGGUGAGGAGUGGUGACUACUACCUGUUUGAGACAGAUAGUGAGGAGGAGGAUGAGGAGGAAAAGAAGGAGGAUGAGGAGAAGGAGGAGGAACUACCUGAGAAAUCAGCCUUUCAAUUUGUCUAUCACGCCUGGAUAACAGACUCCAGAACAGCCAUGAGAGCUCGACGCAACCAGAAGAAACAGUGGAAGAAGAACUCCUCUGAACGAAGGAGCAGGAAAGAGGACAAGAGAGAAGCAGGAGUUAUAGAAGUGACGGAGGAGCCACAGGAAGACAGACAGGAGGAGGAGGAGGAGGGCCCAGACACGGUGUUACGUCGUAUUUCAAACACAUUACGGUUCUGUUGGGUUCUGCUGUCGGCUCUGCUGGACUCUCUGACCGCCUGGCUCAGCGGCCUGUGUCAGGAACACGUGGACAUCUCCACCGUCCUCCGGAUUGAACGCUGCAUGCUAAUGCAGCAGGCAAAGCAGGGGAAUGUUCCCACCAGAGAGGCAAUCCAUUUUUACUACCAAGAACAGAUGAUGAAAAGCUCUAGAGAGUCAAGCCUGGAUUACAGCAUCCAUGAGGCCAAGAUGCAGACCUCAACAGAGAGAAGGAGAGAAGAAGAAGAAGAGGGAGUGAAUUCUGAUUUGGAAGAAGAAGAGGCAAGAGGUCAAACAGCAGGGCAGAAACCAGAAACCAAACCAGGGGGAGAUUGUCCAGAUAAACCAGGACCAGGACCAGAGCCAAUGUCAGAAGGAGAGGGACCAGGACCGGAACCAGUAUCAGGAGUUGAUGGUCUUGAUGAAAUGGAACCACAAGCAGUAUCAAGAGGUAUCGCUGACCCAGUCUCAGGAGAGGAAACCCUGGGGGCUCCAACCUCAGCAGUGGAAGUUAAAAGUGAAGAUUACCCAGAAGGCUUGGUGGCUAAAACCAGCGAGAGAUUGCGACCCAAACUGUCCAGGAUGGAGAGAGUUCAGUCUUUGUCCUCUGUGUCACUUUCAGAGGAAGAAGGGAUCAGCUGGGCUCACAGUGGUGAAGAAUUAAACCAGCAACUUCCUGUUGACACACAGCCAACGCACACUUUCACCAGCGCCUCCUCCCCGUCCUCUCUCCUCCUCCCACCCACCUACAGCCUCGCUCUGGGCCUAGACCUGCAUGAGGAGGUGGGGGAACACAGGCGGAGGAGGGAGGUAGCGUCUGAUUUUCUCGCUGACUCGGCCUUUGCUGCCUGUCCACUGGCAUCUCAGACGCAGGAGCUGACGGCCAGCGAGCUGCUGAGGAACAGGACUUUCUAUGACGAGGAGCUGGAGUCAUCAGACCGUUUCUACAGCAACCAACACCAGCUGCUCCAGCUGGGCUAUGCCCUCUACAACAUCCUGGCAGCAAGGUCAGAGACGGUGUGUUAUCUGGUCAUCGUGUUGAACCACAUGGUGUCUGCCAGUUGUCUGACGUUGGUACUUCCUAUUCUGGUGUUUCUCUGGGCGACGCUGUCCGUCCCUCGGCCCAGUAAAACCUUCUGGAUGACGGCCAUCAUCUACACAGAGGCUACCAUUGUCAUCAAGUAUUUCUUCCAGUUUGGUUUCUUUCCAUUCAACCAGAAGCUGGAAGUAGACCGCUCCAAACCGUUCCACCCCCCGAACAUCCUGGGGGUGGAAAAGAAGGAAGGCUACGUCCUGUACGACCUACUGCAGCUGCUCGCUUUGUUCUACCACCGAGCGAUACUCAAGUGCCAUGGACUGUGGGACCAGACUGUAACCGUGGAGAAUGACGCCCACUGUCACCACAAUGAACAGGCUGACACCACCAUCGAUCCGGCCGGUCCUGCCGAUCCUGCCGACACGCUGCGGCGACGGGGCCGGAGACGGACGUGCUCCGGCUCCACCCAGCUGCGCUCCCCAACAGAAAGUUUGAGCUCCAGAGCUCAGCGCCCCAGCAGGUUCAAUCUGCUGCUGGAGAAACUCAGGGAACUUUCCAUCAGAGCCAAAGUGUACUCUGUUAGUAGAUGUAUGUCUCUCUACCGCCCAGUCCUCCAGUUCUUCAAAGCUCUCGUCCAACCAGAAUACAGCGCCGUCACUGAUGUUUACGUUCUCAUGUUCCUCGCCGACACUGUCGACUUCAUCAUAAUCGUCUUUGGUUUCUGGGCUUUUGGAAAACACUCUGCAGCUGCUGACAUCACUUCCUCCCUCUCAGAAGACCAAGUUCCUGAAGCUUUCUUGGUGAUGGUUCUGAUCCAGUUUGGUACCAUGGUGAUAGACAGGGCUCUGUAUUUGAGGAAGACAGUUUUGGGCAAGUUGGUCUUUCAGGUGAUUUUGGUUUUUGGGAUUCACUUCUGGAUGUUCUUCAUCCUGCCAACGGUCACCGAGAGGCGUUUCAAUCAGAACCUGGUGGCUCAGCUCUGGUAUUUUGUCAAAUGUGUUUACUUUGGUCUGUCGGCCUAUCAGAUUCGGUCUGGUUACCCGACACGAGUUCUGGGAAACUUCCUGACGAAGAGCUACAACUACCUCAACCUCUUCCUAUUCCAGGGUUUCCGUCUGGUUCCCUUCCUGACGGAGCUGAGGGCGGUGAUGGACUGGGUGUGGACAGACACCACUCUGUCUCUUUCCUCUUGGAUCUGUGUGGAGGACGUUUACGCCCACUGCUUCGUGUUAAAGUGCUGGAGGGAGUCUGAGAAGAGGUACCCUCAGCCUCGCGGUCAGAAGAAGAAGCGGGUGGUGAAGUAUGGGAUGGGCGGCCUGAUUGUUCUGCUGCUCAUCUGUAUUGUCUGGUUUCCAUUGCUCUUCAUGUCGCUCAUCAAGUCCGUAGCCGGAGUUGUCAACCGACCACUCGACGUCUCUUUGACCAUCACACUGGGAGGCUUCCAGCCGAUCUUCACAAUGAGCGCGCAGCAGAAUCAGCUCAAGGAUCUGACUGAGGAAGACUUCAGCUCCUUCACCAGCUCCUACGGCUACACACCUAGUGCCUUACAGUUCCUAGAGGCCUACGGUCAUGAGGACGUGACGGUGGCGGAGCUGCAGGGCAGCAGUAACUCUCUGUGGACCAUCAGUCCUCCCAGCAGGCAGUACUUGAGCCAGGUGCUCAACCUGGACCACUUCCCCCUGACUGUAUCCUGGACUGUUCAAAGGAACUUAAGUCUGGGGGCGAAGGUGGAGCUCGCCUCAGGUAAACAUGUGACCUACCUGGACGAUCAGACUCGUCUGGAGCUGAUCUCGCUGCUGAACGGAACCAGGACACUUCCUGUGCUGAUACAAGAAGUGUUUCCGUGCUUCAUUCGAGCUCCCAGCGAUUCCAACGCUAAACCAAUUGAACAGCUUUACAGAGACGACCGCUACAAGGACAUCCUGCUAGCCCUGGAGCGGUCGACCAAUCAGAGCCGAGAGACCCAGGAGUGGUGGAUUGUCGACCAACCGGCCGCCAGUCUGGUUCUGUUGGGCGGGGCUUCAAUGAGUGACAGGAGGGAGGCGGGACUUCAGCUGUUCGUGUUCAGUGAUAAAGUUAGCCCUCCGAGUCUGGGCUUCCUGGCUGGAUACGGCAUCAUGGGAUUGUACGCCUCCGUGGUGUUGGUCAUCGGGAAGUUUGUCAGAGAGUUCUUCAGUGGGAUCAGUCACUCCAUCAUGUUCGAGGAGCUGCCCUGCGUCGACCGCAUCCUCAAACUGUGCACCGACAUCUUCCUGGUGAGAGAGACAGGAGAGCUGGAGUUGGAGGAGGAGCUUUACGCCAAACUGAUCUUCCUGUAUCGAUCACCAGAAACCCUGAUCAAAUGGACACGACGCUGAGCUCGUCGUCUAGACCUGCGGUGACCUCACAGACGGUGACAGCGUCAGUCAUCUCUGAACCAUCAGUGAUGGUAGUUAAAGAACCAUCAGUGAUGGUAGUUAAAGAACCAUCAGUGAUGGUAGUUAAAGAACCGCACUGGACCAAAAACAGGAAUGUUUACAGACUUACAGAACAUGGUGGAGUUGUUCCCUGUUUGCUGGCGACAGCACUAACCCUGUACAUAAAACUGAUCUGAGGACAGAGUUACACAACAGUGUUAUAGGAAUGUUAUACAAGCAUUGAUUAUUGAUUAUUAAUAACUGCAGGGACGUGUCACAUCCUCGAAAAGCUGAAAUUCUUUAAUGCAGCUGGAAAACAAAAAUGAACAAAUUCAAACCAUGUGAUUGGACACUGCUGCUGCCACUCCCACAGCGACGGGCAGGUGUUUAAUACAGGGACUGACAACAGCUAAAUCUGGGUUAUUAAUGUCUGAUAAACUCAUUUUCCAGGACCUUUUCAGUGACUUCCUGUACGGGGACUCGUCUAAAAACAGGCAGCGAUCUCAAACAUUUAAAUUAAAGUCCCUGCAGUCACAUGACUUAUUUUUAUUUAUUUUACUUUGACGUUUACAACACGAGCCUCAGAGCUUGUGUUAGCUCUAUGUUAGCUAUAAUUAUCUCUACGAUAUCUUAGCUAUGCUGUCUGUAGUUAGCUCUUUAGCUGUACAUUAGCUCCAUGUUACAUUGCCUCUUUCUCUCACAGGAACUUUCCCAGUAAUAAUAAUAAGGGCAAAUGGAUCGACAUGCGAAAUACUGAUAUUUAUUGAUAAAUACUAAUACUAUGAACCAGUACUACGUCUUGUCAGUAUCCAUCCAUUCCUUUCAUUAGCACCACAUUAGCUCAAUGUUAGGGCUACAUUAGCUCUACAUAAGCUCUAUAUAAGCUCUAUUUAGCUCUACAUUAGCUUCAUGUCAGUUUUAUCGUAGCACUAUUUUAUCUCUAGAUUAGCUCUUAUAGCUAGGUGAGCUGUGUCGGGUCUGUGCUGCCACUCAUUAGCACUUUAUUGAUCCAUGCUAGGUCUGUGUAGCUUUCUGUAGUGUCUGCUUAGCUUUACAUUAGCUUAAUAUUAGCUCAAGGUAACCUCUGUGUCAGCCUGUUUCCUUCUGGCUCAUUAAACAAGCUCAGGUAGAAGGUGAGCAGAGCUCUGAUAACUCCAUGUACCAAUAGGAAUGAUGCAGGUGAAUUAUGCGGGGGGGGGGCAGGCCUGCCAUCACAGGUACAGCAGAGGGUGAGAGAGCUGUCAGUCGAGCCCAGUAUGGACAUGACGUCUAAUCUGAGGAAACACAGUAAGUGAAAACAGCCGUCACAGCAUGACGUGGAAGUCAGUGUGACAGAGAACAGGUGCAGAGUAACUUUAUCAUCUGUCUGCUAACGACUGUAAACUCAGUAUUUCCUGUGAAUAUUUGAAACAAACUGAGUAUGUGAAAAUAAAAAAAGUACU